AUGUGUGACCCGCCGGAGACGCCUGGAGCCCGCCUGGUCGCUCCAGCACUUCAGUACUAUCGUGGCGCCACAGUUCAGCUCACUGGAUGCCUAGCCCGAUCUCGACGUCGAAACCACAACAGUAUACCGGUGAUUGAGCAUGGGUUACGAGAUGGUCCGGACUCAGUGCAAGAGAAGAGGAAGCUAAUUGGAUCAGAUCCUGAUGCCAAGGGUGGGGGGAAAAUUCAAGAGAGGGAUCCAAAGGAGUAUUCACAGCAAGACGAUUAUACUUAUGAUGAUGUUGAUGAUGAAGAGGAGCUAUCUGAAGUAGCCUUGAAAACGGAUUGGUGGCCAACGAAUUUGACGCGCCAACCAGUUCUUUCAUGUUCAAGACGGGCUGGUGGAUCGCUGGCAUGGUUGCCUGAGGGACAGCUGGAACGCUGGGAAGCGGCAUGUGCAUUUGGUAAACAAGGUGAGAGAUUGCAUCGCUAUUUAUGGUGGUCUUAA